AUGAGACGCAUUCUGCGGCGGUAUCAGCAGCUAACUAGAGUGAUAUUAACAUCCCACCACAGUGGCAUUGUUAGCAGUCAUCGCUGUGUGCAUUCUCCUGUAGAGGGUAAUCCACAUAAUUCAACCUCUCUAGAUGGAAAGACAUCAAAGACAUCAUCUGCCACAUCGACUGUAGUGAGACUGAAUGCCCUUUCAUCUGCGGUACGACGUUUCUUUCUAAAUUCACCAGGCCGUUGGUGGGAGACACCAGGAAGUGUUGUAACACUUAUAACAGUUAUUCUUAAUCACAAACAAAGUGUAGGGGAAGCAGAAGAGAGUGUAUUACAUCCAUUGUUAGGUGUGGAAAUCUUAAAGGGACUAGGAUAUGCAGUAUGGAUAGAUCCUGAUGAGAGACUUGGCGGUUGGGCUUCACGUUCUGGACAAACAAAAGAGACGCUGUGUAAAUUAGCAGCUUGUGUUCUGCAACCACUUCUUCCCCUUGUUGGAACUCAUACAAAGGUGAAACCAAUGCUUCCAGUACUUGUGGAGUGGAUUAUUUGUAUCUCUGAUAUUCCUCUUCAGAUGUGGCUUCCGCAUCUCAAAGUUUACCUGGAUUACCUAGCGACACCAAAGAUAACCGAUAGUGUUUCAUGCUAUUGUAAAGGACCUCCACCAGAUUUUUUAUUGUUUCAUCUGAUUAAAAGAGUUUCACAUUUGGAGGAGGUAAUGAUGUCAACUGGUGUUUCAGAAGAAUUACGGCAAAUAUUGGAUAAGAUGUUAUCACUAUUACUACUACCAGAGGUACCUUUACAUGUAGAGGAAGGAAAGCAAGAUAAUGUCUCUCUCUCUACAGAAGCAACCUUAAAUGAUACUACUUCUUACUCAGAUAAUACCGAUUACCUAUCUAACUGUUUAUUUUGGAAAGAGGAAGUUCCUUUGAUUGUUCACGAUAUUAUUCGUGAAGCUUACAAGCGAUUGUGUCAAUCUAAAGGAUAUACUAAAAAUGGAAUUCGUCUUGUUUCAACUCACAUGGAAGGAGAAUAUCUACCUUUAUUACCAUUAUCAAUAACAAGUGAUGAUGAAUUUCGUCGUUUGUUGCUGCGACUAUCAGCAUCUUCUCAUUUUAUUAAAAAUAAAACUAGUGAUGUUUAUUUUAAUCAUCAAGUAGUAUUGAUUGAGUUAUUGUUACGAUUGGAAGAAGACCCCUUAGUCAUUUUGCGUUUUAUUUCGCCACUAUCAGAGUUUUUGACGGAAAUGAUUGACAAUGAGAAUGAUACCCGAAGUAUAUUAUCCCCGAUACGAUUAUCUUUUGAUGGGAUAAAAUCAGUAAUUUAUAGUGCUAUUGGUGUAUUUCAUCAAUUACAAAAGAGUCCAAGAGCUACUCGUUACGUAUUACUACCUCAUAAACCACGUAUUCAUACCCUUAAGUCUCUUUGUGAAAGACUCUUAAGUUAUUUACAAAGGUAUGAAAAAGAAGAAAAACAACAAAAAAAUAAUCUUCUUCUUUUUCCAGGAAUCCCAGUAUCGCAACAAAUUUAUAUUGUUUCUUCUUUUUACCGAGCUACGCGACGCCUUGUAGCAGUUGUGAUGGCAGAAAAAACAGCAAGUCUCUUAGAGGAGGGAAGUGAAGGAUCUGUUCUCCGUGCUGGUGGUGCCAUGACAAGAGAUAAUGACAUAACGGGUGUUCUUCGUAAUAUUGCAUUCCGCGUUUUGGAAGUUUCUUUACUGCGGUAUUAUAAGGCUUUUGAUGCGUUGUCAUUUUUUCCAAAUGAGAGGUACAACGAUAAUGAAGAUGUAAUAAAAUCGAGAGAGGAGAUUGAACAUCAUGCAGGGGGUCGUGCGAUGUUAUUUACUGUUCGACAUCUUCUUCAACAUCCUCUCUGUCAAGAUGUUACGGCUAUUGUAGAAGGACUUCGACUUGUGGCAAUUCAGUCUUUAGUAUUACAUUCACCAGAAUGUGAGGAAUGGUUACGGGAGAGCUAUAAUGAAACUAUUGCAAAUGCUUUUUUUAGUGUUUGGCAUCGAACUAUUGGUGGAAGUUCAGAAGAAAUAACAGGGAAGUUUACUACCACACUUGUUGAAGAAUCAAAUAAAGAAGGAGGAGAAGAAAAAGAAGAAAGAUCACACACCGCAGUACGAGAGAUGCAAAUACAUAUGUGUGAACGACUACUUUGGAUUAUGCUACUCCUACACCAACGCUAUUGUUGUUAUUGUUCCUCAUCUUCACAGAAAGGAUCCUUGGGUGUAGAUAAGAGGAUCAGUUUUAGUUGUAGUCUAUUUCGUUCACUUUUAGAUUUACUUACAUCUCAUGGUACUUGUACAGAAUUUACAAGUUUUGGUUGGCCUUUCCCGUCUCCAGAGAAAUUUAUCUCUUUUACUGAGAAUAAAACAAAAAGAAGAUUGAAUGAGGUAGUUUGGUCAGAGCAAAUAGUUUAUCCACCCAUGCAAGGAGUAGAGAAUGCUGGUUUAACAUCACACUGGGAGAUGCAGGAAGAGUUAUCUUCACUGGAUAGCAAAGAUAUUGGAAAGUGGCGAUGGUUAGGAACAACAAACGCUGUAUCAGAAGCGGCAAAUUUUGCUAAAUCAGAGAUAGAUGCUGGACGUCAAGUUGGUUACGCUGGAUAUCUCCUUCCAUGGUCAACUGUGGUUCAAAGUCGUCAUCCACUACGACUGUAUGAUGAAAGUGGUGAAUCUACAGCAUUACAAUUAAAGUUUGACGCCAAUCUUGAGAAACUCCUUAAUUUACAAAAUGGUUUGGUAGUUCGAUUGGUAAGCAUUGCAGAAGAGUCUAUGGUAUUUCAUGAUAUGAUGUACAUUGCUCAGUUACAGCUUGGUAAUGGUGUCGUCGUUGUUCAUCCGGAGGCGCAUCAGCUAAAACAACUGGAAAACCCUCUUCAUUUAAUAAAGCAUACAUCUGAUAAUAAUAAUAAUAAUAAUAAUAAUAAUAAUAAUAAUAAUAAUAAUAAUAAUAAUGAUGAUUAUGAUGAUGACAACGAUGAGGAUGAGGAAGAAGAAGAUGACAGACUCGAUUAA